AGCGCCCCGCGUUGCUCUUGUAACCAGUGGGAAGGACACGUGAAAAAAAGGUCCUCAGCUGCUCAAUACUUCAAAAACAGCAGUACUGUCGACUGUAUAUAUAUAUAAAAACCAUGUUUAAUAAGAGUAAUAAUGUCAAAUAUCUACUGAGCCUCGUCCCAGGCAGAAGACGCCUCGGGACGUACAGGUUUCUGCCCAUCUUCUUCUGCAUCGGAGGCGUCAUGGAGUGGAUCAUGAUCAACGUGAGGAUAGGAAAAGAGACUUUCUAUGAUGUCUACCGAAGAAAGCGAUCAGAGCGGGAUUACCAGCAGAAGAUGGCAGAUGGUUUGGUAGUUCUUAAUGAGCCUGCAGCCAAGUGAGCGACGCUCGGAUUUAAUGUGGACUAAGGACACAUUCCUGGACUCUCUUACUUGUUUCCAACAGGCCGGACUGUACUUCACAGCAUGUUGCAACAACCGUAAUGAAAGACUGUAAGGCUGACGGAGAGGCAUGCAACUUUAUCUUUAAUAUGAUCUUCAGUUUAAGAAACAUUAGCAGAAAUAAAAAAAACACUGGUUCGAGCUCAAAUGAAACUGUCUCAGCAAUGGUCUCAUACUGAUUGAAAUGUCAUAAACAUCGCAAAGCACUUGCCUAAACUAAAUGCAACUAAAGAGAAAAUACAGAAAUAGUCUUUGUAUAUAGAGACAUCAAAAUCUGCAAGUACCUGUUCAAAAUCAUCCAAGAUAAGAAAUAAACCUUGUUUAAAUAU